AUGGCGCCCACCAGAAGCCGACCUAGCGAGGAAGAAGAGGAAGUGCUUGAGCUUCCCGACGACGAGGAGGAGGAAGAAGAAUAUGAAGAAGACGACGACGAGGAUGAUGAGGAUGGAGAUGAGGAUGACGAAGAGGAAGAGGAAGAACUAGAAGAUGAGGAGGAGGAGGAAGAACAAGCUCCCCCUCCCAAAAAGCGCAAGGCCGAAGCCGAAGCCUUACCUCCACCCAAGAAGUCCAAGCCUACAGAUGCUGAAGAGGAAGAUGGGGAAGACGAAGAGGACGAGGAGGAAGAGGAAAAUGGCGAGGAUGCUCCCGAAGACGACGCUGACGAGCAAGAGCAAGAAGAGGAUGAGCCUGCGGUCAAGACCAAAGUUAUUUCGGGCUCCGAAGGCAAACAGGCCGCGGCCACCGCCGAAACCGAGGAGCUCGACGACGAAGAAUAG